CGCGAAAGCGAAUCUUGGCCAGCCCGGCAAUCAAUCGCGCGGAGGGGAAGGGUGCGGAGAGCCCAGCGCGCCCCAGGCGGCGGACGGUAUUCAGAACUCGAGCACAGGAGCUCCGCUUCUCCAUCUGCUGCUGGGGGAGCUACUGGGACCCAGAGAAUCACCCGCUGAUGGUUUUGGCCCAGGCCUGCAGCAGAACCAGAGAGCUACGGGAAGGGAAGGCCUUGGCUUGCCAGCGGAAUUUUCCAAGUGCUCAAACGCCAGGCUUACAGGGCCUGUGAUAGAUCCAGGAGGAUAAAGUGGGAUUUGAGGAUCCACUCCGCCUCUGGCCAUGGCGGGCCUGGGCCUGCCCCUGCACUUGGCCACCCUGCUGACGGGGCUGCUGGAAUGCCUGUGCUUUGCAGGCGUCCUCUUUGGCUGGCCUUCACUCGUGUUUGUCUUCAAGAAAGAGCAUUACUUUGAAAAGCUGUGUGAACCAGAUGCUGGGCUGAUUGGCAAUGCCACAGAGCAGGCUGAUUGCAAAGUCCAGGAUGAGAGGUUCUCACUCAUCUUCACCAUCGCGUCCUUCAUGAACAACUUCAUGACGUUCCCCAGCGGCUAUGUCUUUGACCGGUUCAAGACCACCGUGGCACGCCUCAUAGCCAUAUUUUUCUACACCACUGCCACACUCAUCAUAGCCUUCACCUCUGCAGGCUCAGCUGUGCUGCUCUUCCUGGCCAUGCCACUGCUGUCCGUUGGGGGAAUCCUGUUUCUCAUCACCAACCUGCAGAUUGGGAACCUAUUUGGCCAACACCGUUCGACCAUCAUCACUCUCUACAAUGGAGCAUUUGACUCUUCCUCGGCAGUCUUCCUUAUUAUUAAGCUUCUUUAUGAAAAGGGCAUCAGCCUCAGGGCCUCCUUCAUCUUCCUCUCUGUCUGCAGUACCUGGCAUGUAGCACGAACUUUCCUCCUGAUGCCCCGGGGCCACAUCCCCUACCCACUGCCCCCCAACUACAGCUAUGGCCUGUGCUCUGGGAAUGGCACCACGAAGGAAGAGAAGGAAACAGCUGAGCAAGAAAACAGGGAGCUACAGUCAAAGGAGUUCCUUUCAGCCAAGGAAGAAACCCCAGGAGCAGGGCAGCAGCAGGAAGCCCGCUCCUUCUGGAGCUACGCUUUCUCUCGGCGCUUUGCCUGGCACCUGGUGUGGCUGUCUAUGAUACAGUUGUGGCACUACCUCUUCAUUGGCACUCUCAACUCCUUGCUGACCAACAUGGCCCGGGAGGACAAGGAAUUAGUCAGCAGCUACACAAAUGCCUUCGCCUUCACUCAGUUUGGAGUGCUGGUUGCCCCCUGGAAUGGUAUGCUCAUGGACCGGCUUAAACAGAAGUACCAGAAGGAAGCAAGAAAGACAGGUUCCUCCACUUCGGUGGUGGCCCUCUGCUCGACGGUGCCUUCACUGGCCCUGACGUCCCUGCUGUCCUUGGGCUUCGUCCUCUGUGCAUCAGUCCCCGUCCUCCCCCUCCAGUACCUCACCUUCAUCCUGCAAGUGAUCAGCCGCUCCUUCCUCUACGGGAGCAACGCAGCCUUCCUCACCGUUGCUUUCCCGUUGGAGCACUUUGGCAAGCUCUUCGGGCUGGUGAUGGCCUUGUCGGCUGUGGUGUCUCUGCUCCAGUUCCCCAUCUUCACCCUCAUCAAAGGGCCCCUUCAGAAUGACCCUUUAUACGUAAACGUGAUGCUCCUGCUUGCCAUUCUUCUGACAUUCGUCCACCCCUUUCUGGUAUACCGGGAAUGCCGUGCUUGGAAAGAAAGUCCCUCUGCAAUUGCAUAGUUCAGAAGCCCUGGCUUUUCAGCCCUGAGGAUGGUUUUGUUCAUCUUUCUCCACCUUUGAGGACCGUGUGUCCCGAAAGACUGCCUAUCCCGGCAAAAAAAAAAAA